AUGCUGAAACCGCCUAAGUCUAACACCACCCGCUUCAAGCUAGAGAUGGUAUCCGGGGUUGUUCCGGCAGUCUUCAUAGGUUCAACUAAACCAAAACAGAAAAUCGAUGCAACUAUCAAUCAACAGUAUUGCUGGAUCUUUCCAAGCCCUGGAGUUUGUCAAGCAACAUCUUAUCCUUCACUAGUUAAUGCAUUGAAAUCACAGUUACGAACACCUACGAUUUCUGAUGAAUUUCUAACUCUCAAACUCUUUGGUCAAUUAGAACUUCUUGUAGCGAUAAAUCGAAUCUUAAGUUUCAGUCGGGAGUUGGAAGCCGAACUGAAAGUUACCGAUAAAUGCGCCAUGGACACUUCAACGGCGAAAUGGAUGGCAUUGAGAAGCAUUAGACUGGCGAUGGCGACAUCCUCUAUCAAGAAAAUCUUCAAAACGGAUCCGGUCUUCUUAUUCAUACAUGGCUAUUCUUGA